AUGGACGACUUAUCCCGUAGGCUUGAUGCCUUUGGCCCUGCCAUUCAAGAGUUGAUGAAGCUUGGUGGCACGCCAGGCUUGAGUCUCUCGGUCGCAACCAAGAACCAGCCUGUCUAUCAUGCAAACUACGGCUUCCGAGAUCUCCAGAACAGACUUCCUGUUACAGAAGAGACAAUAUUCCCAGUAUGCUCACUCGCUAAAGGCCUGUCAGCCGCGGCCAUGGGCAUAUUGGUCGACCAAGGCAUUGCAUCGUGGGAGAUGCUUGUCAAAGACGCAACACCCUCUUUCCAUCCCAACGACACUUAUUUGUAUAAUAACACAACACUGGCAGAUAUUUACAGCCACCGCAGUGGUAUGUCAUCUUGCGGAAACCUGGUUGGUGGUUGUGAAGGCAACAUAUUGAUCGACAAAGACGACUGCAUGCGGGUCGUCAAUCAACAGACUCUGGUCCCCGCGCACCUGGGUUCAUUCGCGUACAAUAGCACUGCUUAUGAUGCCUGCGAUGAGAGUUUCAGAAGCCUCAGCGGUACUUCUCUGGACGACUUCCUCCAGCAGCAGGUCUUCACUGCGCUCGGCUUGCGAAGGUCCUUUAUGAGACCCCCACCCAGCGACACAGAUAACGUGACAAAGUCUUACAACGCCUUGGAUGAUGGCACACCAUGGUGCAUACCAGGACCCAAGCUUGGUGAGGAUGGUAUCGGCUGCGGUUCGGGUGGACUCCAGUCUUGCGCUGCUGACUUGAUCAAGCUCUAUACUUGCUUUGUUCAGAGUUUCAAUCAUGAGUGUCAGACAGGCCGAACCUCUACACCAGGCUCUCCUCUGAAGCAGGUGUCGAAGAUCAUGUUUCCUCACGUUCCAAUGCUCUCGACUGAGAGGGAAGAAGUGUCUUACGGACUGGGAUGGGCCCGUGUGCAGCUGCCCAGCAACUUGGGACAUAUUGGCCUGAACGGCCGGCUGAUGCCGCAGGAAAUGCCGAUAAUCGGAAAAGGAGGAGAGGAAGAGCUGAUAUUAUACCACCAAGGCACGCUCCCAGGCGCUCUUGCGGUUGUUGUACUGAUUCCCCGUACGGAGAGCGUCGUGUUGGUCAUGAGCAACAGCCUCUCACUCACUGAUGUGCCUGACUGGGUGUCACAAAUGGUCCUUGAGGAAAUCAUUGGAGUUCCGAUCAAGAAUCGCACCGAUUUUCUUUCGAACGCGAAGACGUCCAUCGCUAUCAACUUGGGAUGGUAUGACCGAAUGGCUCUAGGUCUGGUGCAGGGCCAACCGGAGACCGUCAACCCUCACAAACCAUUGGAGGCAUACGUGGGAGAAUACAUCGAUCAGAGCCGUGUCUUCAGCGUCGUGGUCAAUUUGAAAGAGGGAGUGCUCUUUUGGGAUUUCCAGGGAAUGGAUUCGGAAAGGUACAAGUUGACGCAUUACGAUGGCGAUACUUUUACGUGGUUGCAACCACGGAACGAUUUGUCGCGUCGCGGUAGAUGGGUAUUAGGAAAUGAUAAUGAUCCGUCAUUCUGGAAGGUAGAGUUUGGUGUCGAUGAACAUGGCAGUGUAAGCACGGUGCUUUGGCGUCACGACCCCUCCCUGGAUCCCAUUGUCUAUUCUAGAUAG